GUCAGCCCAGACUUAUAUGGAGAUAACAACACCAGACUUUUCACCUACUGGACUAGUGAUGCAUAUCAAACCACCGGGUGUUACAACCUCCUGUGUUCAGGCUUCGUUCAAAUCAACAAUGAAAUAGCAAUGGGGGCCAGCAUCUUCCCUACUUCUGCUUAUGGUUCUUCCCAAUAUGAUAUCAGCUUACUUGUCUGGAAGGACCAAAAAGAGGGUAACUGGUGGAUGCAAUUUGGGAAUGAAUAUGUAUUGGGUUAUUGGCCAGCCUUCUUGUUUUCGUACCUUGCCGAUAGUGCAUCAAUGAUUGAGUGGGGAGGAGAGGUGGUGAACUCAGCAUCAGAUGGGCAACACACCACCACCCAAAUGGGCAGUGGCCAUUUCCCUGAAGAAGGGUUUGGCAAAGCUAGUUACUUCAGAAACAUCCUGAUUGUAGAUGGUUCCAACAAUCUAAGAGCUCCUAAAGAUGUUGGCACUUUCACUGAGCAAUCCAAUUGCUAUGAUGUUCAAAUUGGGAAUAAUGGUGAUUGGGGCAACUACUUUUACUAUGGUGGUCCUGGUAGAAACCCUAAUUGUCCAUGACCAAAGUGAAAUAAAAAAAAUAAAGUUGCUCUCUUUCUUAUUCCAUUCGUGUGAACAUUCAAGGUGUCCAAUUGACCACCUGUAUGCUGAUUUGUUUACUUCACUAUUGUACACCCUUUGUUUAGGCUAGGCUAGUAUACCAUAAAUAGUAACAACAUUUGCAUUUUAGUAUCAUCUGAUAUGGUAAUUUACAUGACACUAUCACAUUACUUGAUGAACUUUAUUUCUUAUGUAUAUUUUACUUUGCAAGUGAUAUAGUGUCAUGUAAAACAGUCACGCAUAUGAUAUGAUACUCUAAUGUGGUGUUGAAAUGUGAUCACAUUAGCAUUAUUCUGGUAUGAAAACAUGUGAAUCUUGUUGAAAGUUUUAAUUUUCUUUAGGAUCUCCAUAUGAAAAGUUGGAAGCAGAGAGGUGCUCAAAGUUUCUUCAAACCAAAAGAAAUAGUUAUCUUUUCAUGCUUUAUAUGUAAUUACUUUUAUCCUCA